AUGUUCUGGCGUUUUGGGGGAUAUGCAAGUAUCUCCACCAUCGAUACCCUUCUUGACAAGCCCGAGGUGACCCUCGAGGACUUGCUGGAUGAGCCGGAGAUCAUCCAGGAGCUGAAACAGCAUAAUACAAAACUGAUAGAAUACCUGCGCGAGGACCAUGUUUUAAAGCGGCUUAUGGACUACGUGACCGCGCCGAGCCUGGUCAAUGAUGACGAAGAAAAUGACGAUGAUACCCACGAAAAGGAGUCUCCCAAAGAGCCCUCCAAGGAUGACGGUGCAGAGGCCACAGUAAACGAACAACCGGACAAGGAAGACAAUGGAGACGAGGAAGAGAAAGCGUCCGAUCCCCUCAAGGAUGUUCUGCGUCCAGAGGACCUGGAAAGGGUCGAAAAGAAUCGCAUCAAGCACGCCUACAUCGCCUGCGAGAUCCUUUCCUCAGAGACAUACUCCAUCUUGGAAUCAAUCAUGGAAAGCCCGGCCUAUCUACGCGACUUCUGGGGGUUCCUGCGACGACCUCCACCCCUGGACUCCCAACAAGCUAGCUAUUUCACCAAGGUGAAUGAGACACUGCUGGAUAAAAAGACAGAGGAGAUGUUGGAUUUUCUCAAGUCAUUGGAUGGAAUUGUCCCUUCACUUCUACAGCAUGUCGAUAACCCAAUGGUGAUGGAUCUGUUGUUGAAAAUCAUCAGCCUCGAGAAGGCCGAGGGUGGCCAAGGAACUGUGGACUGGCUCAAAUCCCAAGGGUUGAUCCCAACUCUUCUUUCUUUCCUCACCCCAGAAUACCCCGGUUCCGUUCAGACCUCCGCCGGUGACUUUUUGAAGGCAAUAAUCACCAUUUCCGCAAACGCAACCCCCAACGACCAAUCUUGCAUUGGCCCGAACAGCCUGACCCGCCAAUUAGUUUCAGCCGAGUGUGUGCAGCAGCUUAUUGAUGCUAUGCUGAAAGGUGGCAAUCCGUUGACGGUCGGUGUGGGUAUCGUUAUCGAGGUUAUUCGCAAGAAUAACUCCGACUAUGACCCUGAGCACCUAGGUGGACCUGAAUCUAUGCCUACUCCUUACGACCCAAUUUACCUUGGGAGUCUCCUCCGCCUAUUUGCUCGCCAUAUCCCCCAUUUCAUGGCUCUCAUCAAAAGUUCUAAGCACGCUGUUCAUGACGGUACUCAACUGAAGAGUGUCGACCGCGGCAGCCUUAACUCGGCCUGGGGUGGAAAGAUUGAGCCCCUCGGCUUUGAUCGAUUUAAGACUUGCGAGUUGAUGGCAGAGCUUCUUCACUGCAGUAACAUGGGACUUCUAAAUGAGUCUGGCAGUGACGAUUAUGUUCGAGAGCGGAAUGUGGAGCGCGAAAAAUUAAUCCGUGAAGGGUUCUUCAACCCCAGUCGAAAUGAUCAUUCUGGUAUGGAAUACAACGAGACAACGGCGGAUUUCACCAAUGGCUCUACCAUGGACACUGGGUCGCCUGAAGCUCUUCGCCCGCAUGCAGGUGAAGAAGAAGGUUUCGAGGAUGUUGGAGCUUCUGGUGUUUUGGUCGGUGAGAAGCCAGAAGACAAAGAGCAGGCCGAAGUCUCUGGUCAGACCUCCGAGUUAGACAGCGAGUCUAACUCGACUGGCCAGACCAAGACUGAAACACCAGCAAGCCCCGGUGGUGUCCUUGCGGAUCAAGUCUCCGAUAUCAAGCUCGCAACUGAGACUCAAAACGAGGAACAAGUUUCUACCCCAGUCGACCAAAAGGACCCCAUAUCACCCAAACCCGAGGACGUUCCCCCGCCACUUUUCUCCCCCAAGAAGCAGUCGGCAGAGCCCGUCUCACAGCCUGCCGAACAAGAAGAGGUUCCCCCUGCCUCCGAACCCGCACAAGAAUCCGAGAGGGUCAAUGAUGGCAGUGCCGAAGACCCUGCCGAGCAAUAUAUUCAGUACGAUACCGAUGGACAACCCGUUGUUGGCGACUACCUGAAGAUUAUGUUUGUUGAGAAUAAGGUGGUUCCAACAAUACUCGGCUUUUUCUUCCGCUUCCCAUGGAAUAACUUCCUCCACAAUGUUGUUUAUGAUGUUGUUCAACAAGUCUUCAACGGGCCAAUGGAGCGUGGUUAUAACCGGGCUCUGGCCAUCAAUGUCUUUGAGACAGGGCAAAUUACCACCGCAAUUGUUGAGGGACAAAAGCGCAGUGAUGAAGCGCAGAAAACUAAGCAGAUCCGACUUGGCUACAUGGGUCAUCUUACCCUCGUCGCUGAAGAAGUCGUGAAGUUCAUCUUGAACCCCGAGUGGAUUGACUAUGUCGAGCAAACUCUGUCUGAGACUAGGGAGCGAGACAACGCGAUCCUUGGUGGUGUGCGCCCGGACAUGUCUGUCGGAUCCCGUCAGACCGUACUUACCUCGGCCACCUCUAACCAAGGAGGAUUCUCAAGCUCUUCCGCUCUGUCCGACGCAGGCCUAAACGGCGGCAUCGGCGGGCCGACAUUCCAAGGCUUUGACAUCAACUCAGGGAGCGUUUCUGGAGGAGCAUUCGGAGCCGGUGGCGGCACAUCACUUCUGAGCGGCUUUGCCAGCUCAAGCGACGACGAAGAUGAGGAAAUGGAGGACCAGGACGACAACACUAUUCAUGCCGAUCAAGGCGAUUCCGAGAAUGCUUCCGAACACUCCACUAGCCAACCAAUUCCAAUUCUACCUCCUCCCCCGGCCCCUCUGAGCCUCGGCCCCUCUCGAGCUAGACGCCAAUUGGCUGCUCGCCUUGCUGCCCAAAAGCAACAGUCGAAUGAUGAUAUCGACGAGGAUGGCGAUGACCACGGUGAAAAUGCCAGGGCACGAGACUCUGAGUGGUCCGGAAACCCCUUUGUGAUCGCUGGCAUUGAUGAUGACGCGGAUGGAGGCGGCUCGGCUUUCCCUAACUCAGACUUUGGAUCUAAUGCGGAUCACACCUUUUCUCCCACAUUCCAUGACUCGGGCUUUAACGGCCAUUCUGAAUCCGUGAGGCGGCGAGUGCGCGUCCCGCUGGAAGUCGAGGAAGAUGACGAAGAUGAGAUGGGUGAAAUGGUCGCACCCACUGCCACUGGCAUGAUCGAUUCAGAUGACGAAGAUGAGGCUAUCAUCAACGAGUCUCUCGGAUAUUCCAACCACCCGAGUCAAGCCCGGUAUGAUAGCUUCCGUCGAUCGCGGGUUGUGAGUGGAUCCCACUUUGAUGACGAUCAGAAUGAUAGCAGCGACGGCGAGGAUGACGGGCUUGUAGAGAUCCUUGUCCCGGGUCGGAAAUCCUCAACCUCCAACUAA